UGUGUCAUCCGACCGCCGCUCAACGGGGACUCCAUCACCGAGUACGAAGUGGGCGUCUGCGAAGAUGAAAACUGGGAUGAUGAUCAGCUUCUUGGAUUUGAGCCGUGCAAUGAAAACCUUAUAACAGGUUGUAACAUAAUCAACGGGAAAUGCGAAUGUGACACCAUUCGGACCUGUAAUAAUCCAUUUGAAUUCCCAAGCCGGGAUACUUGUCUGUCGGCCUUAAAAAGGAUUGAAGAAGAGAAACCUGAUUGCUCCAAGGCCCGCUGUGAAGUCCAGUUUUCACCUCGCUGUCCAGAAGAUUCCAUCUUGAUUGAAGGCUAUGCUCCUCCUGGUGAAUGCUGUCCACUGCCGAGCCGUUGCGUGUGUAAUCCUGCAGGCUGCUUGAGGAAGGUUUGCCAACCUGGCUAUUUGAAUAUAUUGGUUUCUAAGGCAUCUGGAAAGCCAGGGGAGUGCUGCGAUCUCUAUGAAUGCAAACCAGUGUUCAGUGUGGAUUGCAGCACAGUCGAAUGUCCUCCUGUUCAACAAGUCGUUUGCCCCCUGGAUAGCUAUGAAACGCAAGUCAGGCUGACAGCUGAUGGCUGCUGCACCUUGCCCACAAGAUGCGAGUGUCUUUCUGGUUUAUGUGGUUUCCCCAUGUGCGAGGCAGGCUCCGUUCCCCAGAUAGUCUCACGUGGAGAUGGAACACCUGGCAAGUGCUGCGAUGUCUUUGAAUGUGUCAAUGAAGUGAAGCCAACUUGCAUAUUUAACAGCAUGGAAUAUUAUGAUGGAGACAUGUUUCGAAUGGAUGCUUGUCGAUUUUGUCGAUGCCAAGGUGGAGUCUCUAUUUGUUUCUCUGCCCAGUGUGGUGAGCUACACUGCGACAGGUACUACGUGCCAGAAGGAGAGUGCUGCCCAGUGUGUGAAGACCCACUUUAUCCAGUAAAUAAUCCUGCUGGCUGCUAUGCCAAUGGUCAGAUCCAAGCCCACGGAGACCGCUGGCGAGAGGACGACUGUACUUUCUGCCAGUGCAUCAAUGGAGAGCCUCACUGCGUUGCAACAGCUUGUGGACAGAGCUGCCUAAAUCCUGUUAAAGUUCCUGGGGAGUGCUGCCCAGUGUGUGAAG